UAUAAGAUAAAGUCUCAAAUAUAAUCAUUGGGAAAAAUUUCUUUUAAUCAGCAGAAAUUUGACAGAAAUACGUUAAAUUUUAAAAUGCUGAAACCGAUUACUCCCGCUGAAGAAAAUAGAAACUAUUUACGCGCGUUCAUACAAACUUAUCGCAACUUACCGAUUCUGUGGGACACUUCGCUUCGAGAUUACACAAACCGAGAUAAAAGAGCUGAAGCGUAUGAGCAACUGGUGCCGAUUUAUCGUUACCUGAAGCGCGAUGCAACAGUUGAGGAUGUGAAGAAGAAAAUAAAUACACUCAGAACGAAUUAUCGCAAAGAACUUAAAGUAGUAGAGUGCUCCCGACGUACUGGCUUGUUGCAUACACCGAGAUGUUGGACUUACCCAGAAUUAGAUUUUUUACGCAACACCGAAAAAUUCUUAGCUGUUAAUCCAAAUUACAAAAAUGAAAGUUUUGCCUUCAGUGAAAAUUCACAAUCGCAAAAUGGUUUUUUGGAUGCUUCAAACUAUUCACCAAGUAUUGCGGAAAUGUUUCAAAAAUCCUUUGGCAAUGCAAAACCAGAAGCACAAGUGGCUGCAGCAUCACCUACAUCAACUGGUGCGCCACAUAUAGUCGUUGACUACCACCAACAGCAGCAGAAUAACACUCAACCUGAUAGUGUGAAGCGACAACGUUUGUCUCCACAUUCUCAUACAUCGACACCAAAUGGACACAGUGCAGAUGAAAUGCAUAUGAUAAAUAUGGCUUGUGAUUACUUGUCAGGCACUUUUCCAGAAGAGGAGUCGAUAGCACGUACAUGGACGCAUAAAUUAAAACGUUUACAAAGACCGCAACGUUUGCUUGCUGAAAAAUUUAUUAACGAUAUACUCUUCGAAGCUGAGAGCGGUACUCUACACCGCGGUUCCAUACAUAUAAACGGUUAUGAACCAUAUGUACGUUAUGAACAGCAGCAGGCAGAUGAACAUAUUAAAUCACAGAGUCCCAGCAUACACACGAGUUGCACAAAUACAGCAGCUGCAUCACCCGAAACAGAGCCAAAAACACUGAGCUCCAGUGAUACAACACCUAAUAACUUUGGUGGUUACAAAAUAAAUGGAAUGUAAAUAAUUUGUUAAUAUUAUUAUUAGUAAAUAAUAAUUAUAAUCUUAUAUAUAAAAAUCUCGUGUCACGGUGUUUGUGUUUAAACUCCUCCGCAACGACUUUACCAAUUGUCAUGAAACUUUUUGUGUAUAUUUGGUAGGUAUGAGAAUAGGUCGUACGCCAACAAGUACAUCGAGCAUUUACAUCCACUUCGUUUCUUCGUCUUGCGUUCAAGUACGAGCCAGAUAUUGAAUAUUUCGCACAUCCGAAAGUGAUGAUUGGUUCUAUGGACAAAGAAUGCCCUUAUUGUCAUGCACUCAAAUUCAAACAAGAAUUAGACGGGUUGUGUUGCGCAUCAGGAAAAGUGCAAUUACCAGAAAUUGAGUGACCACCAGAACCAUUGAACGGCUUGCUCAUUGGCACGCAUGAAGAUUGAAAUCUGUUCCUGAAGACCAUUCGAAUAUUUAAUUCAUGCUUCCAAAUGACUUCGUUCGGAGCAACGGAAAUAGUUCACAAUACUGCAGCAAAUGGCAGUACAAUACAAUACAUUCAUUAUCAAUUAUUUAAAAAAAAAAAGAAAUCAGUAGAAAUAAUUUAUGCGGCAAAACAACGUUUGCCGGUUUAAAUUCUAGUAAUAUAUAGAAAG